AUGGCGUCAUCCACACCAACGUACCAGCGCGCUGACUACGCGGAAUCAGAACGCGUAUUCUAUGAUUCCGAAGCUGCGUUUGAUGCAAAGAAGCUUACUGCUGGCGUUCGAUGCGUCGAAUUUGGUCCGCAGUUUUACGUGGAACGGAAACAUAUCCAAGCUUUGAAGCAGUAUACCAGGUCGCUCGAGGUGCUGCAGAUGGAUUGCAGUGGCUGGGACUUAACCAACGCCGAUGUCAAGGUUAUUACAUCGCGCAAUCCGCAACUCAGAGAAGUCCUUUUACACAGAGCAUUAGAAGUCACCGAUAAAGGCAUCGUUCAUAUUCUUCAGAACUGCCCUUCGAUCUCCAUAAUAAAGGUCACCGGACCCGAAAUCGCGACUGGACUUGUAACUGGAAAGUUCGCUGGGUUUCUCAACCAGCCAGCCAUAGUCGAAUCACGCACAAACCUCGAAGUCAUUUAUCUUUAUGACCAGGGAACGGAUGAGUCGCUGAUCAAAGGUAUCUCCAAGAAAUGGCGUAAUCUCCUCAUCUCCACCGGAAUCACUAUGGCAUGCGGUGAUGUAUGGUCGUUCAAUUGGCUUGGAGGCAAGUGUUUAAAAGAGGGGGAAGAAAGUACUCUUGAGGAUAUGGGAUAUCGGUUGCCAAAAGUAGAUGAAGACUUUACAAUCCAUCCGUGGAGCCUCAGCUUUUCGCGCAAAGAGCCCUCGAGAUCCGUCCAGGCCGGUGCCAACACGUCUGACAUACCAGAAGGAGACAAUUCCGACAAGAGUGAAGCGGGGAGUGACGAUGAUGAAGACGAAGACGACGACGACGACGACAGCAGAGCCUGGGCAUCAGACGACAGUGAUGAUACUCUAGAUUACGACCCUGAGGAGGAGACAUACUUCCAUGAUGGUUACACCUGUCCGACGCGUCGGUCUGUGCCAGUGUACGAACCGUACCACCCCGCUGAAAUCCCAUUCUCAAAGACGCUGUACUUUCGUUCGAAGGAAGACUGGGGAAUGCUAUGGCCUGACGUUAAGCGUACUAGCAUCCAAAGUAUACAUUUCACUGAUGAAUUCUGCGUUACUGAUAAGCAUAUCAGAGCUAUUGCAACCGCCCCUCCCCGAUUUCGCAAAUCCCUGCACACGAUUGGUUGCGAGUACGGGCGCGUCUCCGACGCAGCUAUUGCCAACCUCACACGCGCCGUCCCACAUCUCAAGGAUAUCGAUUUCUGCGACACGCAUACCCUCACGGAGAACGCAAUAACCUCCAUCGUCAAGAACUGCCCCGGCAUUGAGCGUAUAGCUAUAUCCGGUGAUGACAGGACACCUGGGAAAGUCAAAUGUCGCGGUCUGGAGGAUGUGCUGGCGGAUCUGACACUUGCCAAGAAACUGCGGCAUUUGGAAUUAUGGGACCAAGACCUCGACAUCAAAAGCGUUAAGAAGAUUUCAAAAGCUAGGCCAAAAAUGGCGAUCGUGAGUGGUAAGAGCGUGGGGGAUAGUAUGGCGGCGCAGAUCGUUGCUGCACAGACGGGUCGCGGGUGGAGGUAUGUCUAUCUUGGUGGGCAUCUGGUCGACUCCGGUGGUGGAUUUGCGGUUGAAGACUUUGGAUAUGGCGAUCUUGGGUACGAAGACAUAGAAUCUUGGGAUAAAGAUUUCGAUUCUGAUGGCAUGGAUCUGGAUGAUUACAUGUAA